AUGCCUCUCCAGAACAACGAGGACGACCAGUCGUCCUCCUUGUCGGACACCGGGGAUACCGCCGCGGCGGGCGGGGCGACACGGGGGCACCGCGGAGGGGACGUCAUGGGGGAGGGGGAAGAGGGGAGUGACGAUGAGUCCGUGGGGACGAACGGCGAGAGCAUCGAGAGUGACGGCAAUGGCGGCGGCGGCGGUUACGACGUCGGCGGUGGCGCGAGUAGCUCGGUCGAUUUGGACGGGAAGGGGGACGGCAGCAGCGGCGGCAGUUCCGGCGCCAGCGGCCGGGGUGACUCGGACAGCGUAGCGGAAGUCGGAACAGAAAGCGGGGGCGUUGGCGAGGAGGGACGAGAGGGUAGCGAGGAUGCCCGGAGCGGCGGGCGCGGUCUUGCCGGCAGGCGAGGGCCGGCUAGUGCGGGGAGCGAAGACGGCGUGGAAGAGAGCGCGGACGGCGAUGAUGAUGACGACGACGUGGAGAGCGGCAGUGGCGCUGCUGAUGCCACCGCGGGCGAGACAGACAGCGAAGGUGGUGGGGGAGCAGAGAGCGGGGAUGGCGGCAGUGACGACGAUGAGGCGGCGCAAGAAGAGGGCGCGGUUAGUGCGACGGCCGGAGGAAGCGGGAGCGGUGAAACGGACGGGAGUGGCGGGGAUGACAGCGGGGCGGGAGAAACCGAGGAGAGGCCUACGGGCGAGGAUGAGGAGGAGGAGGAGGAGGAGGAGGAGGGCAGCGUGAGCACGGAGAGCGGGGGAGAAGUGGAGGAAGAGGAGGAGGAAGAGAUGUCGGAGGAGGAGGAGGAGCAGGAAGAGGAGGAGGAAGACGAGACGUCGGAGGAGGAGCAGGAACAGGAGGAGGAGGUUGAGGAGGAUGAGGUGGAGGAGGAGGAGCAGGACGAUACAGAGGAAGAGGACGAGGGGGGCGUCGAGGCAGAGGGUUGGGCCGAAAGCGACGAGGAGGUCGUGGCGGCGCAAGGAGAAGAAUCCGGGGCAGAGGAAUCCCUCGAGAGCGAGGAGAGCGAAGGCGGCGAUGGGAUGAGCGAGUGGCUCAAGACACAGGCGAGAGAGGCGAGCGCAGCCGCCGGGGCACCCCCGCGGAAGACACUGGAUCAAAUACUUGAGGAGGGGCUUAGCGAGAGCGAUGAAGAUGAGGACGACGAGAAGGAGGCGACGCUCGCGGAGAGGCUGCAGGAGCACCAAGACCUGGGGAGGCGGUGGGUGUCCGGGGCGACCGACGUGGUAGGGUCCCAGAGGACAAAGAAACAGCUGCUCAAGAUCGCAAUGCUGGGGUACGCGAGGAGCGUGAUCGCGGGAGGGGGUGCCACCGGGGCGUCCCCGGGUCGGGAGAGGCUGCUCGCGGCGGGGGUCGGGGCCGCGGUGCUGUCGGGAGUCGUGUGCCGACUGCUGGAGCAGAGAAUACAGAACGCCGACUUCGGAGACGCCCCCGACGUGGAGAUGGAGACCUUGUCGCCGCUCGGGCUCGUGCUCGGCAAGAAGGCCUCGACGCAACGGGUGUCGGCUAGGGAGCACGACCUCGCGUGCCUCCGCUCUACGGCCAGGUGGGGAGUCGCUCUCUUCGUGAUAGGGGCCGUGCUUUCGCUGUUCUUCAAGGCCGGGGAUCCGUUGUUCAUCCUGUCGACCGUGGCGCUAUCGAGGUUCUUGGCGGAGCCUGUGUUCUUCGUGCACGCGACGGGCAAGAGCGGGAGGGCCGCGUCCGCGCGACGUCCGUUCGUCUCGCCGAGCCUGCGAAACGCCCUCUUGGGGUCUCCACACGGGCCGGCGGUGUUGCCCGCGGCGGGGCGGGCUCCGGACGACGGGGAGGAGAACGAGGAAGACUAGAUAGGACGGGAAGGGGGGGGGGGGAGGGGGGUGUACUCGUAGCCGUGCAUGCCGUAGUUGUUAGACCGUUGACAUCCUCGCACCCCUUUCAAAGCCGGGACGGAGCCAUGCGCCGGGUUGUCACCGGACCGGGCUCUCACAUCACCAAGCCGAGGCGCCGUGAGGUAUUUGGCAAGGGGGGUGCUUUCUCCCGAGUGUUUGUGGUGGUGUUGGUGAUGCGGGGGAGUUUUUCGUGUGUGUGUUUUCCGGCGAGCUCCGUUGAACGAGCUAUGUACUGUUGUUGGGUUUUCACACGAGCAGAGCAGGGGGCGUCGUUCAGGGCCAACGGGUGAGGGGAACAGUAGGAUGGAAGAACAGGGGGGUGAGCUUAAACACUCAUGAAAGGAUGCGGCUUUAAAGGCAGGCCAGCAACAUGUCAUCACGUUCUCCGGCAAAGCGUGUGAGAACUCGCACGUACUUCCUAUCAUCUAGGAUUCCGUGAGACCACGACGUAGCAGGAGUUCGGUUCGUCCUGUAACGCUCUCCGUCUUGUUGGGGUCCCCGCGCGAACGGCUUGAGGAUUGAUGCUUCUAGACGGACGGGGUAGCGGGAAGAAUAUAUGACGUGACGGAUUUUCUGCUGUACUACAGCUGUACCCCAGCAAGGGUCCACGAAAAAUGAAAAAUGAAAAAUGAAUACGGCACCUACGUAUUGGAAGGGCUCAGAAUGACAAUUCAAAUCGGAUGCGUAGCGCUUUUGGACCAAUGUCCGAAACAUUUGUUCUGAGAUCUUAAUUUUUUACUUGGCUUUAGAGUGCCCCUCCCCCUCGGGUCCUCUGGAGGUACCUGUGGGUGUGAGGGUUUUGUUUUUCCAGGCGCCCUUGCCCCAAGCCAAAGUUUUGAUUACUGUCGAAUUUACUCGUAUGCAGUGUCUCCAUUUUUCGUGAGCGUUUCGAUCUACAUCUGGGGGUACCUAGGUGUGUCUGCUUUUUUCCCGGGCAACCUUUGCCCCAGGCCAAAGUUUUCAUGACAGUUGGGUUUUACUCCUAUUAAAUGCCACUGCUGCGUUUUAGGUGAGCGGUUCCGGCUACGUAGAGAAAGAUGACGUGUGUUUGGGUUUCGGGCGAGAGUCUGAUGGAAAUGCGCUACCUAGCGCUCCAUUCAGCAUAUAUUUGGUUCGUAGCGCCGAAGUCACCAUCUCUUCGCCCCCUAGCGCCCCAUCCAGCGCGCAGGCUUCGUAGCGCCGAUAACAAUGUCUGCCGAAGAAGCGCAGCAGCAGCAGUGCGGCCAGCGAGAUUCUUUUUUUCAACCAUCCCGGCAACGCU